AUGGAGGAGCAGGACACUCGACAUACUGACAGCUCCAGGAACCACGGAAAAGCGAUGCACCGCAACUCCGCGAUGAGUAUCGGACGUACAAGAUUCUGGUCGGAUGCCGUAAGUCCUGGACGAGCAUACUCAUAUAGCAGAAGACAUUGUUCUGAUUGAACGCAGCGGGCAUUCCCAAUGUCUAUUACUUCGGCCAGGAGGGUUUACAUAACAUCUUGGUGAUCGACCUUCUCGGUCCGAGUCUGGAGGAUCUUUUCGAUCACUGUAAUCGUCGCUUUUCGACAAAGACAGUUGUGAUGGUGGCUAAGCAGAUGCUCUCUCGUGUCCAAACGAUUCACGAGAAAAACCUAAUCUACCGUGACAUCAAGCCCGACAACUUCCUCAUUGGCCGCCCUAAUUCCAAGGCUGCCAACGUUAUCCAUGUUGUCGACUUCGGUAUGGCCAAGCAAUAUCGCGACCCAAAGACCAAGCAGCACAUCCCUUAUCGUGAGCGAAAGUCGCUGUCCGGUACAGCUCGCUACAUGAGUAUCAACACCCACCUGGGCCGGGAGCAAUCCCGGAGAGAUGACCUGGAAGCUCUGGGUCACGUUUUCAUGUACUUCUUGAGAGGAGGCCUUCCGUGGCAAGGACUUAAAGCCGCGACGAACAAGCAGAAGUACGAGAAGAUUGGUGAGAAGAAACAGACUACUGCGAUCAAGGAUCUGUGCGAAGGAUUUCCUGAAGAGUUUACGAAGUACCUCACUUAUGUCCGCAACCUUGGGUUCGAAGACACACCGGAUUACGACUACUUGAGAGACUUGCUCACGCAAGCCUUGAAGAACGCAGGAGAGGUCGAAGAUGGCGAAUAUGACUGGAUGAAGCUCAACAAUGGAAGAGGAUGGGAGUACAAGUCGUACUCGUCCCAGCAGCAUCUCCACAACAAUGCACUCCCCAACUCGUCUGCUCGUGAGCUUCAUGCCCAGCAGCUACGCAGCAGCCAGAGGCCCGGUGUAACAGCAGACCGUUUAAACGCCGCGCAGCCCCCGCCCCCUUCUCCGGCGAAGCCGGGAGCAGGGAAGACGCGCGAGCGGCAAAACGUCCAAGGCGGGAUGCCACCGAAGCGCCAGAGCGGGGGGAUGGACACUACACCGACGGUGUCCACUCAGGCACAGUUCCAGAACUCGAACGCCAACAUUCCGGGUCGCAUGGGAAGCCCAGCCAACCCGACGAAGAAUAGCCAGCAAGGCCCAGGCGCUCAAGGGAACAAUGAGCCGCAGCCCACUUUCGUUCAGAAAGUGAUGAAAGCAUUAUGCUGCGGUUGAUACUCGGUUAAGCACAGGGAAUGUAAUUUUACAUCAUGUUGGCUUUCGACUUUCUUUCGUUCUUUCUUGUCUUCGCGCUCUCGGGAGGGUUGAAAGACAGCAUGCAAUUAUACUCUGUUAUAA